AUGAAACGAUUUAUUGCCUGGGUUCGUGGCAGACCAGACUCUGAAACAGUACAGGAUGAUAAGACAUCACCAAGAUCUUCAGAGCGAGUUGUCCACCACAGAAAUUCCGGGAAGACGCGAACGAGCGAAGAUGGCAUCACUUUUGAUAUUCCCGGGGCAUUCCCAACGUCCCCAUCUGUAUCACCACAACGCGCAACGCAUGAAAGAAGGGUCGAGGAGGAGUUGAUUCUAGAGGCGACGUCGCUUCCAUCAAACAUCGACGUCAAUGUCGACAUUGACAUCUCAAAAAUACGCUCUCUUCCUACAGACCUGGGAUCUCACUUGCAUCCCAGACGACCCAAAUUCAGCACACCUUCUCCUCAAAGAACGCGACGCCCCGAGAGCACCCGCUCAAAGCCUAUCCGAAAACCUAACUUCCGAGAUGAUUUGGCCAUCCAAGAUCCCUACAGCCAGCAAUACAAGGCCUAUGAGAACUUGCAAUACAAGAGCCCUCUCUCGGCGGUCACUCUUUUUUAUCCAGAGAGCAAGCAGGUGCCAGCUGAUCGGACCGAGUCUCUAUUCAAGCCAGCAUGGGAGCAAUGGGAGAAGGAAAAGAAGGCUCAACAGGCUCUUGAGGGUCGACCAGCUCGAAUUGUUCCCCGGGGGCCUGCCGUUCGCCCACUUCCGAGAGAGUGGCACAUGAAGGUCUCGGAGGCCAUGAGAACUCUGCAAGGCUACGCAGUCGCGCGGUCACCAUCGGGAGAUGAUCUGUACCAGAGGGAUAUCGCGACAUGUUUGAAACCAUUGGCAUGGCUAAAUGAUGAGAUCAUCAACGCGUAUCUGACGGUUCUCGUUCGGUACCUCCGUGAUUCUACCGGAAAUAGCGUACCAGGUGAAAAGCCCAAAUUUCACGCCUUCAACACCUUCUUUUUCUCGACUCUCAAGGAUAAGGGAUACCAAGGGGUCCGUCGGUGGGCCAACCGGGCAAAGAUUGGCGGCGAGGCUCUGCUGGAAGUGGACACUGUCUUUAUUCCUGUGCAUCAGGCAAGUCACUGGACCUUGAUGGUGGUGCGCCCCGUGGACCGGACGAUUGAAUAUUACGACUCUCUCGGCGCUCGUGGCACGCGAGAAGUUGAGAUUAUCAAACGAUGGCUCCAAGGCGAAUUGGGAGGCAAGUUUGAAGAAGAGGAGUGGUCUUUCCUUUCUUCUGUUUCCUCCCAACAGGAUAACAUGAGUGAUUGUGGCGUGUUCCUCCUGAUCAAUGCCAAAGCCAUCGCGCUCGGUAUUGAACCGACUGCAUUUGGAGCAAGAGAUACUGUGAACCUGCGAGUGAAAAUUGUCGCAGAACUGAUGAAUGGCGGGCUCCAUGGUCCAUUUUCUCCCAUUGACGCAGACGGCCAAGUUUUGCUAUGA